ACUCAUCAUCACCAUCACCAUCUUCUCCAAAUCUCAAAAGCAAAGCUUCAAACCUCUCUUCUUCAAAACAAUGAACUUCUCUUCAAUACUCAAGGCUGUCAAUCCAGAUACUAAGGAAGAUGACAACAACAGCAAGUCUUCAUCCUCUGAACUUCUGGGUAGUGCUAAGGUUCUAAGUGAUGCUGCUUCUGCAGCUUAUCGGCAUGAAACCGAUAAGAUCGAUAAGUCGAAGGUGGCCGAUGCCGCCGGAGAUGUUCUCGGUGCUGUCUCUGAUCAAGCUAAGCUUAAGAACACAAGCAUAGGUCAGUAUGUUGACAAGGCUGAGACAUACCUUCAUUCAUAUGGCAAACCUUCAACUACUCCUACUACUGAUCAUCCUCCUCCUGCUACUACUACUACUACUACUGAACCAACUGCUGCUACUGCUGCUGCUGCUACUCAUGAUACCACUGAACCAAUUCCUGCUGCUGCUGCUGCAUCUGAAGAAGAAGAAGAACCUAAAAGUGGAGCUGGUGAAUACUUGAAGGUGGCUCAAGGAUUGUUUAAGUAGUAAUCUAUGUAUGAGUUUACUAUUUUCAGUAUUUGUGUUUAUGUUUGCUUGCUAUAUAUGUUUUGUGUUGUGCCUGUUAGAAUUUUUAUUAUAUAUAUAUAACUUAAAUUUUAUGUUGGUUAUUAUUAAUUAGUGUUUGUAUUUGUGAAAAAUCAGAUUGUGGCUUUGUGCA